AUGAAGCGCGUGAGAUUUUUGAUGAAAUUGAGUCACAAAACUGUAACCAUUGAAUUAAAGAACGGAACACAGGUCCAUGGAACAAUCACAGGUGUAGAUGUAACCAUGAAUACACAUCUGAAAGCUGUGAAAAUGACCCUGAAGAACAGAGAACCUGUACAGCUGGAAACAUUGAGUAUUCGAGGAAAUAGCAUUCGAUAUUUUAUUCUGCGAGACAGCUUACCGCUGGAUACGCUACUCCUGGCUGUUACACCGAAGGUGAAGUCUAAGAAAAGGGAAGCUGUUGCAGGAAGAGGCCGAGGCCGAGGAAGAGGAAGAGGAUGA